AUGGUCAAAGAUCGCAUAAUUUCCUUAGGGCAUAGGUCAGAGCCUAACAACCCGCCAGGCACCGAGUUUGACGAGGAAGCCACCUGCGCGGCCAUCGCAGCAUCAGCUGCCUUACCACCCACAAGCGUAGACACGGUCUUACCCCCAGACGAUACAGUCGCCCUCACAGAGAAGGAAGAAUUAAGGUCACUCCUGACUGCGUUUAGCGAUGUUUUCGCAUGGGACGAUACCUCCUUAGGUCGCACAGCUGUCAUUUGUCACAGCAUUGACACAGGAACGUCGAAGCCGCUGUGGCAACCACCACGCCGUAUUCCACCACACUUUCAGAAGGAGGUGAACGACCUAAUUCAAACGAUGCUGACCACAGGGAUAAUCCGCCCCUCCAGAUCCCCAUGGGCAUCGCCAGUGACAUUAGUGCCAAAAAAAGACGGCAGACUCCGAUUUUGUAUAGACUAUCGGCGACUAAAUGCGGUCACCACCCGCGAUUCUUUUCCACUGCCAAGAAUUGAUGUCACACUUGAAGCGCUGGCCGGAGCCCAAUGGUUCUCAACGUUAGACCUUAAGUCCGGUUACUGGCAAGUGGAAGUGGAACCUAGCGACCGCCCCAAAACAGCGUUCAUAUUAACACAAGGACUCUUUGAAUUCGAAACCAUGCCGUUCGGGCUAUGCAACGCCGCCGCAACUUUUCAACGACUGAUGCAGUCCGUGCUGGCCCACUUAUACCCCCACAGCUGUUUGAUAUACCUUGACGACGUGAUCGUGUUUGGACGCACGGCCCGGCAACAUAACGCUAACCUCGCCGCGGUACUCUCUGCUCUCCGAGAUGCCGGCUUGCGUUUAAACCCACAGAAGUGCAAGUUUCUGUGCCAGAAAGUGACCUUUCUUGGUCACGAAGUCAGCCCGAAUGGCAUACAGGCGUCACAGGAAAAAGUAGAGGCAGUCAGAUCAUGGCCUACGCCGAAGACCCCAACAGAAGUCAGAGGCUUUAUCGGCCUAGCCUCCUACUAUCGGCGCUUCAUCCUUCACUUUGCGGAGCUCGCACGCCCACUCCAUCGGCUGACCGAAAAGGGUCGGCCAUUCUCGUGGACCGAAGAUUGCCAACAGGCCUUCGAUGAGUUAAAAGCAAAACUCACAUCGGCACCGAUAUUAAUGCUGCCUGACACGCGUACGGAGGCCCCGCCCUUCAUUCUCGACAGCGACGCCAGCGGGUUCGCGAUCGGGGGCGUACUCUCACAAGCCGACGAGACAGGGACCGAACGACCGAUUUGCUUUGCGAGCAAAACCCUGUCGAAACCCGAGCGAAACUACUGCACCUACCGACGAGAAUUGUUGGCGCUGAUUACGUUCAUCAAACAAUUCAAGCCAUUGUUAGUGGGCAAACAUUUCAUUGUCCGCACCGACCAUAAGGCCUUGCAGUGGUUACAAAAUAUGAAAGAAGCUGAGGGCCAGCUUGUAGACCUGUGA